CUCUAUAAUAUUCUGCCGAAUGCCUUGCAGUAUCUGCUAGCUUCCUGGCUUAUACCCCAUAAGACUGCUUUACAAUUCGAGCUACGGCACGAACAUGCUCUCUCAGCCCAUAAUCAAAGAGUUGUGUUCUCGGACGUCAAGCCGACCUCUGGAUUCCGCCCGGAAACAUUCUCAAUCAAGACAACACCCACAACGGUACACAAGCCCCUCUCUGCUGCUGCCGCACGGUUUCGACACGGCGAGCCAUGGGACCCUGUAGAGGUAGAUGGGCCCGACGUACAGGACAGAGAGGUCUUGCUCCUCCUAGCCAAGAUGGCGAACAACGCAUACACGGAGCCUAAGCAGAAGGAUUGGUAUGACAUCGGACCCAACUGGAACAAUAGCUAUCCCUUUGGAUGGGAGCCUGACGCCGACGGGUUCCGGGGACACAUCUUUGCUACUCCGGACAACUCUACCGUGAUUAUCGCCGUCAAGGGGACAUCGCUAGUGUGGCCUAUUGGUGGCGGCGGACCAACGCAACGCAAGGACAAGUACAACGACAACCUCUUGUUCUCAUGCUGCUGCGCCCGCGUUGGCCCCACGUGGAGUACUGUCUGCGACUGCUAUGAGGGCGGAUAUAAGUGCGACCAAGGCUGUCUAGAGAAGAGCCUUGCGGAAGAUAGUUUGUUUUACUCCAUCGGCGUCAAUCUGUAUAAUAACGUCACAUACAUGUACCCUAACUCUAACAUCUGGUUUAUCGGCCAUUCACUUGGGGGCGCACUAGCCUCUCUCGUCGGAGUGACCUUCGGGAACCCAGUGGUCGCCUUUGAAGCACCCGCGGAACGUCUCGCCGCAUCCCGCCUGCACCUCCCAUCUCCUCCCUCCACCCAGCACGUCACGCACGUCUACAACACGGGUGACCCCAUCCCCAUGGGCACUUGCACCGGAGUCAGCUCCUCCUGCGCGAUCGCCGGCCUUGCGCUGGAGACACGUUGCCACCUCGGGCGCGUCAUUCGCUACGACGCCGUCUCGAAGCUGGGGUGGAGCGCGAACGUCGUGCACCACGGCAUCCAGGCGCUCAUCGACGGCAUCCUGUCCAAAGAGGACCUCGACUGGGGUGAGGAGGGCGCGCCGCGGAGCGUGCCCGCGUUUUCGAGCGAGGAGGAUUGUGUGGACUGCUUCAACUGGGAAUUUGGGAACUACCGUAACGCGUCCGCGAUGGGAUGCGGGGCCCGCGGCCUCGCUCACUGAGGGGGCUUCUAACGAUUAGACUUACGACACAUGAUGAUCAUUGCUAACCUCUGGAUUGUAUCAUAGCUUCC